ACCUCCUCCAUUGGUACAUCUUCUCGGUCCUCUUUUUGCUGCUUAUACAUCGAAAUCUACUCUCCUCCACGGUUCCUUAGUCAUUGGUGGCCGCCUUCAAUUCUAGACUCGCCCGCCAAGCCCUGCUGUAUUGUGGAGCAGCUCCGAAGAUGCAGCUGAUUCCCAAGGAGAUUGACAAGCUUGCUAUCUCCCAGCUUGGCUUUUUGGCCCAACGACGCCUUGCCCGUGGGGUCCGACUCAACCAUGCUGAGGCUGCGGCUCUGAUCUCAUCUAAUUUACAAGAACUCAUCCGCGAUGGAAAUUUCUCAGUGGCAGAUCUGAUGUCUAUUGGAAAGACCAUGCUUGGCCGCCGUCAUGUUCUACCAUCUGUAGUAUCGACUCUAGUUGAGCUCCAGGUAGAGGGAACCUUUCCUUCUGGUACAUACUUGGUGACAGUACAUCACCCGAUCAGCAGUGACGAUGGGGAUCUAGAGAAGGCACUCUACGGUAGUUUCCUUCCUAUACCACCGGCAGAUGCUUUCCCGGAUCCGAACCCUGAAGACUACAAGCCGGAAAAGGCGCCAGGCGCUGUAAUACCGGUAAAGAAGGGCAGGAUUACUCUGAACGACGGCCGGAAGAGAAUCAAACUAAAAAUUAUGAGCAAAGGAGAUCGUCCAAUUCAGGUUGGGUCGCAUUAUCAUUUCGUCGAGACUAACCCCAAGUUGUAUUUUGAUCGUAUUAGAGCGUAUGGAUAUCGCCUGGAUAUUCCAGCCGGAACAUCUGUGCGAUUUGAGCCUGGUGACACCAAGACCGUGACGCUAGUGGAGAUUGGAGGGAACAAGGUCAUCCGUGGAGGCAAUGCGAUCGCAUCGGGUAAACUGGACCUUAGUCGUGCGGACGAGAUAUUACAGCGGCUGCAAGCUGCGGGUUUCGCUCAUGUCCCUGAACCUGCCGGGGAUGGCGCCUUCAUCAGCCCCUUCUCAAUGGAGCGAGAGGCAUACGCCCGGGCAUUCGGCCCUAGCACCGGUGAUCUGGUGAGACUAGGGUUGACCAAUCUCUGGAUCAAGGUAGAGAAAGAUCUCACCGUAUAUGGAGACGAAUGCACUUUCGGAGGUGGCAAGUCCCUGCGAGAAGGAAUGGGCCAAGCCAGUGGAAGAUCCGCAUCUGAAUGCGUGGACACUAUCAUUACGAAUGCUCUGAUUGUCGACUGGACUGGAAUAUACAAGGCUGAUAUUGGCAUCAAAGAAGGGAUUAUUGUGGGUAUUGGUAAAGCAGGGAAUCCAGAUGUCAUGGAUGGUGUGCAUCCGAACCUGGUUAUCGGCUCAUCUACCGACGUUAUAGCCGGAGAGAACAAAAUCGUGACUGCAGGCGGCCUCGAUACUCAUAUCCAUUUCAUCUGUCCUCAACAAGUAAAUGAGGCAUUAUCCUCUGGAAUCACCACGUUUCUGGGGGGUGGAACCGGUCCAUCUACCGGCACAAAUGCUACCACCUGCACUCCGGGUCCAGAUAAUCUUCGUAAAAUGAUUCAGGCUUGCGACAGUUUUCCGAUCAAUGUUGGUAUCACUGGAAAAGGAAAUGAUAGCGGCAGAGUGAGCAUUGAAGAACAAUGCCUUGCAGGGGCCGCCGGAUUGAAAUUGCACGAGGACUGGGGCUCAACACCCGCUGCCAUUGAUACAUGUCUUGACGUGUGUGACAAGUAUGAUGUGCAGUGCAUGAUUCAUACCGACACACUUAACGAGUCUGGGUUUGUGGAACAGACUAUCGGCGCCUUCAAGGACCGCACAAUCCAUACCUACCAUACCGAAGGAGCAGGUGGCGGCCAUGCCCCCGACAUUAUUCGGGUUGUUGAACAUCCCAAUGUUCUACCGAGCAGCACCAAUCCAACACGUCCAUUCACAGUCAAUACUCUUGAUGAGCAUCUUGAUAUGUUGAUGGUGUGCCAUCACUUGUCAAAGAACAUCCCUGAGGACGUAGCCUUUGCGGAGAGUCGUAUCCGCGCAGAAACCAUCGCCGCCGAAGACGUUCUGCACGAUCUUGGAGCAAUUAGCAUGAUGUCAUCUGACUCGCAAGCCAUGGGCCGUUGUGGUGAAGUUAUCCUGCGGACAUGGAAUACGGCGCAUAAGAACAAGAAUCAGCGAGGAGUAUUGAAAGAAGACGAAGGAACAGACGCUGACAACUUCCGGGUUAAGCGGUAUAUCAGCAAAUAUACAAUCAAUCCGGCCAUUGCGCAGGGCAUGUCUCAUCUGAUUGGAAGUGUUGAAGUGGGCAAGGUGGCGGACCUUGUCAUGUGGAAUUUCAGUUCCUUUGGCACGAAGCCUGACCAGGUUCUUAAGAGCGGAAUGAUAGUCACUUCGCAGAUGGGUGACCCCAAUGCAUCCAUCCCGACUGUUGAACCGAUCAUUGUCCGACCACAAUUCGGGGCAUUCGUACCGAGCACAUCCAUCAUGUUUGUCUCUCAGGUAUCGAUCGACUCGGGCAUUGUUCAGUCAUAUGGUCUGAAGAAACGAGUCGAGGCGGUUAAGAAUUGUCGGAAUGUGAGCAAGAAGGACAUGAAAUAUAACGACGUCAUGCCGAAGAUGAGAGUCGACCCGGAAAGUUAUAGGGUCGAAGCAGAUGGCAUACACUGCGAUGCUGAGCCAGCGACAGAAUUACCCCUGACACAGAACUACUUUGUUUACUAAGUGGCCAGAUGCUCUUGUGUUCAGAGUCAUUCGGCCCCGGAACUUGUCAAGCUGUGCCAUGCCAUACCAUGCCAUAGCCAAAUGUAAAUAUAACUGAAGGCAGCAGAGAAAUAUAUAUGUAUUUCUUUGAGACCGCGUUGGCCAUCUUUGAAGGAUGGUCAACGAGAAAUAUUGCCGCAUCGUAGCUAGAUAAAUAGAUACCUUAGUGAAUAAAUGCUUAUGCUUUGGAGUAA